CAAACUCUUGCAGUGCCGCGUUCAAAUUUCGAACAGUUGAAUGCGUAUUGUAACUGUUUGGCGGCAAUUUUAACGUGCCGCGCGACGUUGCCACUUCGCGCUUCGAAUUAGGAGGUUCCAUCCAUAAGGAAUCCAGCCCUGAUUCAAUCAAGCAAAAACAUAACAGCUAUGUCUGUCCCAAACUCCGUCGAAGAGGGAAUGAUGCAAGAUGAAAUGAGCCUUGUUAUUUGAGACAAAGAGUCGUGUCCAGAAGGCAGGACGGAUCCAGAAACAAUGCUCAAGGAGCGGGAGAGCUCGGAGGGGUCGCCCGCUACCCCUGACGAGUGCGCGGGCUGCGGGGGCAGGAUACAGGACAGGUAUUACCUGCUUGCCGUGGACCGUCAGUGGCAUGGUUCCUGCCUGCGAUGCUGUGAGUGUCGUUUGCCUCUGGACUCAGAAUUAACCUGUUUUUCGCGAGAUGGCAAUAUUUAUUGCAAGGAAGACUAUUAUAGACUGUUCUGUGUGAAGCGCUGCGCUAGGUGCGGUAAUGGGAUAACUGCCAAUGAGCUGGUGAUGCGAGCCAGGGACAUGGUGUACCACCUGACGUGCUUCACGUGCGUGGCCUGCGGCAGCCUGCUAUCCAAGGGCGAUGUCUUCGGCAUGCGAGAUGGCCUUGUGUACUGCAGACCGCACUACGACAGCGCAUGCUUGGACGAAUAUUGCGACGAGGAGAUGAACAUGUAUAGAUGUCAAGAAAUGCAUAGUGAAGGCGAUUCCCCGUCUCAGUACUACUCAGGUGGGCCAAGCCAAAAAGGACGCCCAAGAAAAAGAAAAGUCGCCCAAGGGUCUCCUGAAGACAUGCAAGUACAAACUAUGAGAAUGGCAAGCACAGCAUUAGAUAUCCUGCACCGUGGCGACUUAUCCUCUUCCAUGGAGUCCCUGGCCUACGACUCAUCAGUGGCAUCUCCCGGGAGCGUAACUAGCCACACGCAGCGCACGAAGCGCAUGCGCACGAGCUUCAAGCAUCACCAACUGCGCACAAUGAAAUCCUACUUCGCAAUCAACCAGAACCCUGAUGCUAAGGACUUGAAGCAGUUGGCGCAGAAGACGGGCCUGUCGAAACGGGUGUUGCAGGUUUGGUUCCAAAACGCGCGCGCAAAGUGGCGUCGAAACAUGAUGAGGCAAGAAACAACCGCUCACGGUCAGAUGACUCCUAAUGGCAAUGGGGCUCACGUUAACGGGAACCUGGUGGCUGGCUCUGUCCCACCCAAUGUGGGCCCCAUGAUGAUACCAGAACCACUCCAAUCCAUUGAAGACCUGCGCGUCCAUACACCUCACCCGAUGGCUUUCAAUGAGAUGUACUGACAUUCGUAGCUGUAGUCACAUAAUACUGAACUCAGAAAACUUUUGUUUGCACCUUCCCGUAACUAAAUAGAAGUAUGUGAAAACUGCACCAUAAAAUAACCGUAUAGAAAUCUAAUUUUGAAAUAUUUUCUUAAUCUCGCAGCCUUUCAUUUAACUGCGUAGUUAUAGAAAGGUACAUGCGACCCCUAUUAUUAUCGUAAACAAAGUAGAUAUUAAUAUGAUGUUGUAUAAUUAAAUUAUAAACCAAAUAACUAUAUUCUGAAAUUGUUUUAAGUUCCACGUAGAUAUUUAUAUGGCAGAGUUAAUUAAGUUCAAAUUAUUAUGUAGCUCUACUAUUUAUUAAGUUUAAAAAUAAUCGAUUCUUUAUUUUGCUCCUAAGUUAUUGUUAUCUAUUAUUAUUAAAUGUAUGUGUAAAAUUUUUAAUUUAUAGUUAGUUAUUAGAGUUAGUGUAUAUUGUAUAACUACCGAAUUAUGCAUUCCGUAGACAGUAUAAGGUUUUAUCUCUAUGUAAAUACAGUGAUACUAGUCAAACUUGUAGUAAGUAGGACUCAGAACGUAUAUUUCUAUGAAUACCCAUAUAGUUUAGAUAAAACAUUAGUUACUGAACAUAUCUUUAAUAUAAACUAUUAUAAAUGUGAGUAUGAAACGGCGAGGAGGUAUAUAUUAAAUUAAAACUACUAUCUACUAUCGAUUGAUAUCUUUUUACUUGCUAUUAUUUUGACAAGGUGGUUAUAAUUUCCCAACUAUUGAAAUGAAGUAAGGUAUAGGUACAAAGAUUCUACUAGUAUACUUAAGAGUAUACUCGCAAAUCGCAAUCAUAUCAAAUUAUAGGGACUACCUAUAGGUCAUUUAUUCAGUUCCUUUUUUGCUUUCUAAUGAUUUCUAGCAAAGUUUGUGACACGUGUACUUUUACUUGUGAUUAAAAUAAUGAAAAUGAGUAUAAUUAUUUACGAUAUUUUCGAACUAGAGUUCAAUAAAAAGAGCAUGAGCUUAUAUUAUGGCAUGAACAUACUUACUCGAAGAUUUUUAUCAUUUAAAGGUAUUAAAAUAUCUCGUGACAUUUUAAUUAAGGUUACACAAGAUUGGUAGACCAAUUUCAUAAAUUAAUAUAUUUCCCAAAUUUUAACAUUUUAACAAUUAUAAAAUAGAUAUAAAAUAUCGCUUCUGAAUGUGAAUAGUUUUAACUUCAUCACUUGUGUGGUUAGCAUUAAAAAUAAUACAUUUAUGAAGCAAACGGGAAUCGGUUAUUCCCUGGAAAUUGUAUAAUAUUCCACACAUUUAAACCUAAAGCUAUUAAUUAUGAAACCCUUAAGAAUUCUUACGUAAACAACACUUUUGUGGCAACAGACGAGUUGCGAAGCUUCGUAAGUCUUUUAUUUAAUUCACUUUGUGUUUAUUAUACUUGCAUUUUAAAUAAUCUUUGCAUCUUGUUCAGGUAUUGUUAUAAUUUAUUUCGUUUGCUUUUUUGUCAUUAUUACGAAAUCGCGACGUUAUAAAAGAGAACGAACGAACAAAAAGCUUCAUAACACAUUUUACACAUAAAAAUAGGUUACUCAGUUUAUAACUGAAUUAAAUCGAUUUUUACGACCUCUGAUUAUUCGAUUUGUCUCCGCUCCAAAUAGCUGAAUAAUUAAAACCGAAAAAACAAAUCAAUUAGACCUUAAUGUAAUUCAAGUGUUUUUAAACGAGUUAGCGUACUCGAGCAUCCGGUAUGUAGUUGCAACACACCAUAAUCAGGUUUUAAAUACGAAGUAUUUGUAUCAAAACAAUAUGCCCUGAUAAAGCUGUAUGCUCAAUAAUUGCUCACUUAGUUCGCCACAAGCUGCGGUGUGAAAGCUUUGGUUAACAUCGACCGCAAUCUCUACUGACUACCCACCUUUAUAAUUUAUUUUUUUAUAAAAAUGUAUCAAUGUUUUGUGUGUAUUCUUAAAUGUCGGGUUCAAGGAUCGAUGAAUGCGAAAAACUUCUAGUUUGUUACUAUUGAAAACUACUAAAAAUAUCUAUUUCUUAUUUAAAUGUAGAUGGGAUUUUUUUCUGAUAUUAAAAUACGUAUUUACCUAAUUAAAAUGUAAUAAUAAAAUAAAAAUUAAUUUUGUUAACUUCGCUAUGCCACCAGAUAAUCGCAUGUAUGUAUCUUCAUAGAUGAUAAAUCGAUAGUUGGAUUACGUUAACUGUACAUGAAUAUUAUUUAAAACUAUAAUUAUAAAUAUGUAGUAAUUGUAUAACCUAUUUAUAUACCGAAAAGACCUUAAUAUAUAAAUGAAAAAUA